AUGAAUUCAUUUAUACAUUCCAUUACAGAGGAAAACUUUGUAUGGAAUCAUCAGCUCUGUGAAGCAGAAUUUGGAGGAAUCAAAAAAGCAGGAGGAGUAAAUGAAUGUGAUACCACUAUCCAAAAACUUAGCAGUGAGAUAGAUAAGUUGAAGGCAGAAAACCAGGAAUUGCUAGGAGAUAAUCUUAUUCAAAAGCAAGGGGAGACAAUUAGGAAGUUACAGAGGGAAGUGGAAAGAAGCCAUCAGGAACUAAGUACUGCCAAUAAAAAUGCUGACAAAGAGCUGGACACCAAGUGUGAAAUCAUUAGAGACCUAGAACAACGGUUAGAGGAGUCCAAGAAGCAAGGAGAUGGUCAGCAGGAUGAAAUUUAUCGUCUAGAGGACCAGGUCAAGAAGCUAAAUAUAGAACUGACCUCUGUUCAGUCUAAAGUGGAUGAACUCCAACUAUUGGUGGCUGAAAAAGAUGACAAAAUCCAAUACUUCAAAAAAGGAGGACAUAAUUUGGGUGCUAUGAACCAAAAAAUUGCACUUGAAGCGCAGAAGGUUUUGGAGAUGAAUGCAAAGUUAAAGGAGACACUAGCUAAUACUCAAAAGGACCUGGAUGCUGCUGUACAAAGGAUUAAUAAAAAAGAAGAACUGAUAGAAGAUUUUAAAAAAUACACAGAAGGACUUCGAAAGCAGCAAAGCAAAGAUGCAAGCAAGAUUGCAGCAAGUGAUGGCAUGAUCCAGAAACUGAACAGCGAGAUAAGCAUGCUGAAAACCAAGUACCAAGAAAAAGCCCUGGAAGCCCAAAUACAACAGACCACUAACAAAAAGAUAUAUGAAAGAUUCAGCAAGUGGCGUUUGGACGUUUAUAAUACUGCUCAAUAA